AGUGCAGACCUGUGCGCCGCGAGCUCUCAUUUUUCCAACGGGAUUUCCGGGGGGGAACUCACAAUUCUCACAAUUUCCGUGACCGUAGUCUCACAUUGACGACAAUUUGUUCUACCAAACUUAUUUUGAUGGACUAAAAGAGAGACUGAAAGUGGACACGAGACGUGCAAUGUGGUCUUGUGAAGAAGGAAAGUGAAAGUGGGAAAAGUGCGACGAGGAUUUAAGUAAUACUCAACGCAGAAGAGAAAACCGGUGUUUCAUGUGAAAAUGUGAAUUUGCGAAAGUUACCAAAGUACAAUUCUAGUCGGACGAAGGGACGAAUUGUUCAGUAAAUGCUAACUGAUAAUUGGUGAUGAAAAUCCGUUGGAAUUAAAUACAUUUACUUUUUACGAAUUCUUUGGGGGUUCUCCUCGCAGUAUUUAAGUUUAAAUAACACGACGGAGAAUGAUUCUGUGACAAGGAGAGGAUUUGAAGGGGAAGAAUUGUCACCGCGUUGGUGACAAUAGCGGUCGAGGGGGAGGGGCAUGGAGGACAAAAUUGAGGAUGAAAUGGUCUCUGGACAAGAUAACAAACGGUACCAUCACGUGGUGACAAUGCUUUAAGGAUUGGCUGUACAAAAGUAAAUUGGCACCGUGUGAUUCAGACUUGAACCGAGUGGUGUGGUUGAGCAUGAUGGGGCCUGACCUGGGUGAAAGUGUGCAGGUCAUUGACCUUCAUUUGGGACGUUUUUGAAAUAAAAAUCAACCAGCGGAAGGAUAAAGGAACAGAACAGAAGGUUCAUUGACCUCGUUGGACCAUAUCGUUUCGUUUCUAAAAGUUUGAGAAUUUACAGUAUUUCCAAAAAAAUUCUGGUGAAAGCUGUUCUCCAAUUUUUCUUAAGGUGGAUCGUAAACAAGUUGGUAAAUUUGCUGCCAUUUUAAACAGGAAACAAUUCAGACGUGGCUGACUGAUCACCCCUCCACUCACUCCAACAAGACGGAGCAGAAGAAGAAGGAGAUAGAUACGUGCCACCAAGAAAUUGUGCGUCUCUGCUACGUACGUGAUUCCACCCGAUAAAGUAAACUUUCUCCCCCGGCGAAAUGAUCAAGAAAGAGAAGGAGAAAGUAAGUUCACUGAAUAAAUGAGGAUGAAAAACUGUGUCCACUUUCUCCCACAAAGUUUCGCCUGCUGGACUUCCCCUCCUCGGGAGGGAGCCCCAUAGAAAAUGCUAUAAUACCCUCCUCCUCACGCGGAUUUUCUUUCUAUUUGAAGAGAAAAAUAAACAUUUUGAUUCCUUUAAAAUGCAAGGAAAAUGUUGGGAGAAGAAACUCGUGAACAAGAAGUUGAGUGAAUUUGUAGUGCAAAUAGUAGCGAAAUUAGUGUGGAGGGAGUGAAAGUAAGUGAGUUAAGCUGAAGAGUCUCUUCAUUAAGGAAGUGAGUGCGACGAGAGUAUUGCUCCCGAGCAGUAAUCCUGAUGGGGAAAGCGGGCCGUGGUGGUCGUGGUGGGAGAAGAGGCUGCUUGAUAAGCAUCACCUUGGUCGGCCUCCUCCUCCUCCUCGCACGGAGUGAAAGUAGUGAAAGUGGAAAAGUUCUCGCCACUGGAAAUGUUAAUCGUGGCCAGGAUGGUGAUGGUGAUGAUGGGGGUGAAGAAACGACCACGACCACGGUGAGCCCAGCCGAUGGGUUGGCGAGAUCCUGGCUAAAUGCGACGAGAACGGUGGAAGAAGAAGAUCCGUUUAAGGAUUUAGUGUCGAAAAUUCCGAAAUCGGGGAAGAGAAGUGGGCGGAGCAGCGUGUGUAAGAUUUCCGAGUUUGGAUGUCGCAUCGGGAAGUGCAUUUCGUCCGAUAAAUUUUGCGACGGAGUCGACCACUGCGGAGACGGGAGUGAUGAACCCAGAUUUUGCACACCGUGUAACCGGACGUACUACGGGGAGUGGGGGUGGACGUAUUCCAUUUCGCUGUCAUCCGCCACCAUCGCGGCGGCCCUGGGGCUGAGUCACGAGCAACAACUACUCGCUGGUGACCAGCCAGCGACGUCGUCGUUUGGGGGCUCUGGAAAGGCGAAAGGUGGGGGCAUGUCCAGACUGAGAAACUUGACGAGCAAAGGGGGCCUUUUUGCGAGUGGGGGGAUCACGACAUCUUCGACGACGUCCACACCGCAAAUGACGGCGUCGCCUCUACCGCCAGUUAAAAGACCCGGAUUACCACCACAGUUCGUGUGCCAGCUAACCUUCGCCGCAGCGGGAGACAAUUUCGGAGAUUUUAUCCAGGUGAUGUUCGACGAGGUGAAUAUUGGCCACUUCGUGUCGCCCAGCAGAGCCGGCUGUCCAGACGGGUCGCUCCAGAUCGCGGAGAUAAACCGGCCUUUGACUGGCGGAAAGUGGUGUGGAUCCGGUUCAGGAUAUGCCGUUUACUUCAGUGAAACGUCCGCCAUCGCGCUAACCCUGGGCGUCACGUAUUCACCCGACAGCGUGCCCCCUUUGGGUUCUUCCAAUCUAAAAUUUUCUCGCGGAAGCAACGCCACCACGUUGACGUCUUCUCCGGGGAGGAAGAAGCCCGGACUGGGCGACGAGGUCACCUUGACGAGCAAACAACCAAGCGGGACUUCCUCCUCCACAGUCGACGACUUCGAAUUCAAGAUCCGUUUCAAAUUCAUACCCCGAAGUUUAGCCAGUGUCAGAUUCGGAACUCACGGAAACCCCAUCGAACGCGGCGAAGUUGUUCCGGGUUCGUACUGUUCCCGGGAUUUCGAGGCGUGUCACCGACGCCGGUGUCGCCUCCAGUCGCCCAAUUAUCCCGGCCUCUACCCGCGCAACGUUUCCUGUCAUUACACCAUCCGCCACAGGGCGCAGCAACCCUGCAAACACGUGCUCCUCCAAGUCAGCCAAAACAAGGGGCACAAAGUUCAGCUGAAAUCCGUGGCCGCGCGGGUCGCUCAAGUCGCCUCGCAACUCGUGCAAGAAGACGCCAUUGUCGCGUGGGAAGACUGCGCGCAAGGAAAUCGCGACACAAUCACGAUUUACGAUGGGACCUCGACAGACGACCCGGUCCUUUUGGUCGUCUGUGGGGGUGGUCACAUUCCCCCAGUUACGUCCUCCUCGUCGGAAUUACUGCUCGUUUUUCGCGCCACUCCGUUCGGAAAUCCGUUGGAGGCGAGACCAAGCCCGCCUUAUCCGGAACCCCUCAGGGGAUUCGAACUCGACGUGGAUGUCAUCAUGGUGGACUCGGAAAGCGCCGAGUAUUCAAAUGUGAAGAAUAAUUGCACUUUUUUUUUCGUUUCGGAACCCAGCGACAAAUGCCUGCUUUUCAAGCCGCAGGAACAUGGCGGGAACUGGAUUACGGGGAGUCGGGGGAAAGUGACCAACUUGCGUCACACCAUCUCACCGAAUACGACGUGUCGCUAUGAAUUUAAGGGGACCAAGCAUGAAAUAGUUUGGGUCUAUUUUGUCUCGUACAGCAGAUCUGCGUCGAAGGACCCGAACGUAAAGCCGGUAGGAAAUUGUUCCUCCAGGUUGAGCAUAAAGGACGGGAUCGACCUGAAGAACGAGGCGCUGCUGGGCUCCUACUGCGACAACGAACUGCCAAAACUAUGUGAUCACAAAGCACUGCAGAACGAGUUACGUGUCGUGAGGUCGUGCACAGAGGCGGAAUCAUACAUUUCCGCAGGACCAAGACUGAUCAUUGAACAGACGUUUUUCGAGGGAACCGCCCUCCGUCCUAUCAACUAUCAAUUUCACUACGAAUUUGUUUCCCGCCACUCGGGCAGUGACGGCACGUGUCACCGGAGCUACGUGCUGUCCAAGAUGAAGUCGAAAGGGGUGAUUCGAACGACGGACAACGUGUUUGAUUUUGGGCGCGGGGGAAGAGCGAACCUUUCCUGUACGUACACUUUCAUACUUGGCGCCUACGAAGGCUUGAAGCUGACCUUGAAAAGUUCCUCCUUCGGGGACCGCCCCUGCAGAACCAUGACCGAUUUUGAGACGGGGAGAUACAUUUGCAAUUAUUUGGCAACGCCCAGUGCGUCGCAUCCUGCGGCGGGAAAUAAUACUUCUAUGGGAAGUGGUGGUGCAGAGAAAGCGGGAAAUUUUAAAGGACCAUCGUCACCCCCACCAAGAUCAGAGGUCCACCUGCACGAGUACAUCUGGCCUUCUUCCCCCUCCGCGACCAACAUCACGUCCCACGCGCACUGCAUCUGCUCCAAUUUCUCCUCCCCCUCCCCACCCGCGCCCACCUUCACCUUUCUCGGCAGGAAGGUCGAGCUCACUUUCGUCAUCGACUCGAUGGGCGGGGCAGACUCGCACGAGAACUUUUUCGCCCACUUCGACUACGAGGUCGUGAAGGAGGCCGGGUGUCGCGGGGACAACCACCACAUGCGCUCAGAAUCCGGCCUCAUCUCCCUCGACAGCACCUACAUUCACGGCGUGACCAAAAAUCCGACCUGCGACCAGUACCCCUGGCUCCUCGAGGCGAGAGAAAACCACUCCCUCUACCUCAGAAUACCCGGGUAUCCCAUGAUCGAGGAGAAAGUGACGGGGUCCAGUCGGAGUGGAGGGACGCCGAGUGUGAAUCCAACCCCGCAAAUAUUUAACUACUACGACAACUCGUCCUCCUACACGUCGCCAGAGUACAAUGCGACAUCCCCCUCGAGCAGUGGUGGGGCUGGGAGUGGGACGUCCUGGCACACCAACAACCACCCCAUCGACCCCGCCUUGCUCCCAGGCCUCGCGAAAUUCCAGCUCGACCGCGUCUGUCCCACCACCAAGAACCGCAUCCUCAUCUACGACGGGGACAACAAGCUCGUGCAGAAAAUCUGUCCCGCCUCCUUCACGAGCACGCUGGCCAAAUCCCCCUCGCAAAUCGUGGAAAUCUAUUCGGAGGACUUUGGGAAAUUCCAUUCCCCGCUCUGGCCCGCACCCAGGGCGCGAUUUGUGAUCGAAUUCGUGGGACGAGAGUUGGGUUCCUAUCAAAUCAAGUGGUUGGAGCUGAUCUCGGCAAAGAUGAAGACGACCUUGAAGGCGGCGCAGUUUAAUUAUGGAGAUGAGAAGGUCACAGGUCAGACUGGAGGUGGGAACGCAACCACGACGACGGACGGUGAGCAAGACGGGUUACGCCCGGGCGGGAAACCAUCCUGGGAUGAAACGCUGUCGAAACUAUUCGAAGGUCAGAAUGGAGACGACGACCCGCUCGUGAUCGUCGACUCGUCCCAGUUCACCUACUCCGAGACGAAUUACCCGAUCCGCUCCGGUGUCGGGAUUUGCACGUCGUACUGCCCCGAACUCCGCGCCUGCAUCAGCGACAAGUUGUGGUGCGACGGGGAGAUUCACUGCCCAAUCAGUCGAGCGGAUGAGUCCAAUUGCGACUCCUUCUGGGCGACGGUGAACCAGUUGUUGUCGCCAGCGGUGUACAUCCCCGUCGUCGCGGCCGCCCUGUCUGCCCUCUGUUGCUGCGGACUGGUGAUUCUCUGCGUCGCUGUGAAACGGAUGGUGCUCAAGAUGCGGGAUAAGGGUCAACUAAGCCUUGGAAUCCCGUCCACGUCUGCGCCCUCGUCCCGCACGUCGACGGUGGAUCGUCGUCAGCGCGACUACUUUUACGACCCUCACCAGCCCAACUCUUGAUAUGAUGCCAAUUCCGUAGAGUUCAUUAGAAUUGAUAGGGAAACUACCGUCUAGACUUUUUUUGGCGGGAAUGCACAAAGUGCCGCCAUAAAUUUGUGUCCCGUUACACAAAUUGCGAUUUAUUCCUCCAACUAUGAUUAAUAAUUGGUGCUUAGCAAGAAGAUGAGAAAGCGUCGUUUUUGGUACAAGUUUUUUACCGCGAGGAGAAAGUGGAGAAAGUUACAUCCCGACCUUAUCUGAUGACCCUCAAGUUUGUGCAAGGCAGUCAAAUGGAAUACUAGUGCUAAGUGGCAAGGGUUCCGUGUUUUUAAGAAAUCUCAUCUACGUGCUCUUGUGUUAUGGCCGUGUUAUAGGUGGCAAUUGGUAGAUUGAUAUUGUUGAUAAUCUACACCAUGCAUUUCAUUGUAGAAUUCUGUUGUGCUAAAAAUUUUCAGAUUUGUUAAGUUGAUAAAUACAUCAGUUUUCUAUCAAUAUUCGUGAAAAAAUUCAUACAAAGGAUGUUUUAGGGCUAACUUACAUAUUUUAGUUCAGGUAUUGCAGCCUAUAUAAUCCCACUAUGCGACCUCUCAAUUGGGUAAAAAAAUUUUUUAAUCGCCAAAAAUACGCACCUUCUUCGUUAUCAUUUGUGGGUAUCUUUCAACUUGCUAAAUUAAGGCAAAUAAACAAAUUCUUAACUCAUGGCGUCGAGAUUUACAAAAACGAAAAAACACUGGUCGGACGGAACCCUGGGAGAAGAAUGGCGAGCGAAGUGCAGUGCCUUCUCAAACAAGACAGGAUGUGACGUAUAUUCAAAUAUAUCACAAAAAUUAGGCACACCAAUUUUCAACAAGUUUACUCUACCCAUUUUAAUUUCAUGAUUUUAUUUCAGGUUGGGAAUAUUAGACAUUGUUACCAAAUUGGUGACAAAAUAUUACCAAUUUAGGGAUAAAAGAUUGUCACGUUUAGUUUCACUAACGCGUGAAAGUGGGCAUGUGAAGGUGGGAAAAUUGAGACGAAAAUAUUUAGCUGAAACCCGGACUUAAAUGAGACUUGUAAAUUUUCCUGCAAAACGUGAAAUUUCCGAGAAUAGUGAAAGUUAUCGUAAGAUUCUGACUGGUCUGGUCACGAUGAAAUGUUCAGUAAAUGUUAAUUGAUAAUUAUAAUUGAAAUAAGUUACUCGGAUACUUGAUUAUAUUAUAUAUAUUAUUAACAUAAACAUUGAUAAACUAUGAAAUACACUUAAUACAUUAUAUUAUAUUAGUUGUGUUUGUGAGUAAUAAAACUUGAGACAUAAUUUCCUAAACGCAAA